AUGUGCCCUUUCCUUGAACUCCCCGAUGAGCUUCUCGCCGACAUCACUGCGUAUCUCGGAGCCAGAGAGCACAUCUCUCUGCUCCCAGUGUGCAGACGCCUCUAUGCCCUCGUGCAGUCCCAUGCCGCAUUUCAGUACGCCAUCGGCCUCUUCGCCGCCGGGAUGGUCGACCACCCAGCUUCGCCUCUCGUCUCGGGGGAGAAGCUCUAUGCGUUGAAGCACAAGGAGGAAGCGUGGGGAAGGCUAGACCUCUCGAAUCGCAAAACUAUUAUGAUGCCUCUCAAUCCCUCAGGGAUUUACGAUCUCACGGGGGGCCUUGCACUGUUUGGCGAGCGACUGAUACCUACGAGCAACCUGGGCACAGAUGCCGUAUGGACCCUUCCCCUUAAUGACGCUUGCAACUCGGAAGAACCAGAGCUAUUUCAUCUGUGGUCAAGAUUGGAUGUGGGCCUGCGGGUGAUCGACGUUGGUCUGAACAUCCACGAGCACGACCUCAUCGCAGUAGUCACUUACAAUUACGUGGCCGCAGCAGAGCUCUUGGCCUCCAUUGACAUCCACUUCAGACAGUCACUCACUGGGCAACCGCAUCCAGCGGCGACGCAAAAAGUCAUGCAUAUCGACACAAUCCACUAUCUACCAGGGCAGUGCAGCAUCAUGCUAGAAUUCUCGGGAGACACGAUGGUCUUUCUUCUCAAUAAUUACUUCCCAUUUCUCACUGAGGACGCGCAUCGCAAAUUCGGCGACCCGGAUAUGGUCACCUCCUUCAUCCUGCUCGACCCUUGGACCAUAGUCCUGCCGAUGACCUACACUCAUACUCUCGAAAUUUGCCACUUCGGCGUGGAUGUCCCUCAUACGACCAAAGACCCCUUUGAAAUCCUACCGCUUUGCAUCUUGGAGCUUCCUCCUCUCUCCUACGGAGCAUUAGCCAUUCGGGCGACAUGCCGCUGCGAACCCAACGUACGCGGUCCAGAUUCGCCCGCCCGUCCUCCGCGCACCACGCCCUUCUCCUCCGACCCCGCCGUCGCGCUCAUGGUCCUCCACGUUGCCGUGCGCCUCCCCGACGCAUCCCACAGCAUGUUCACAAUGUUCGUCCACCGUUCCACCCUCCAGCACCUCUUCCGCGCUGCGCUCCGGUUCAACUCUGCCUCACACGGUUCCUCCCCUACCCCGGACCCUCCCAGCCCGGCCUUCCGGCGCGUCCAACCCUCCCACACAACCUCCACGGACGUCGACGGACCCCCACCGCCGCCGCCGGAGGAAACUCUGCCGCUCGCACUCGGCUGGAAGCAGUGGGGACCGGCGCGCUGUCGGUGGUUCGAGGACGACCGGGGACGGACGCGGUGGAUCACGACGACAUGCGGGCAGCGGUACGUGCGCCUGACCGAGGACGGCCGGCUGCACGCGUUCGAUUUCAACCAGCGCGCGCUCAGACGGCACAUCGGCGAGCGGGAGCGGGCGGGAGAGCCGGUGGGGACGCGCGAGGUGGAGAGCGUGCUCGAGAGCGAGGAAGAGAGAUCCGGUGAGGUGUGGAUGGAAUUUCCAGUGGGGGACGUGAUCGAGGCCUUUGAGGACGGCGAAGAAGAGAUGGAGGACGAAGAGGAAGGGGAAUUUGCUCCUGCUGUCGGAUUGGAUUCGGACUCGGACUCGAACAUGGAUAUGGACAGCGUUAUAUUUUCAAUUCCGUGCGCUCUGAAUGGUCACCAGCUCGCUGCGCUCCGUCACCUCCAACCCCACUGA